AUGAGAUUUUUUAUCGUAAAUUUUUUCAAACCAGAGAGUUCUAGUCGUCUAAAGUGUGUCUUUAUUCGUACAAAUUCGAUACAGCGCUUUCUCCAUAUUCAAUCAUCCACUACUCGAAAGGAUGGUGGUGGUAGCACCACCUCUGCGUCUCCAUCCGGUGAGAAUAUCAAGAGGCCUUCUAAAGAACAACCUGCCUAUUAUAACUUUUCGACAUCGAUUCAGCUCGACACUCAACUAAGGCGUCAUCGACGCCUGUCGUUGUCUUUUCCUACCGAUAGGACUUCCCUAGAAAACGGAUCUCUCGCCAAUGAGUCCGAUCCGCACAAGCACCUUCACGCGCGUCGCGAUAUCAUCGAAGCAAGCAGCAGUAGGUCCACCCCUUUGAGCAUCGAUGUGCCGAUGAGAAAAUUUCUCGACAUGUUCUGCGACUUCGACGCGAAACGGUGUAAGCUGUGCAACGAGACCAUCCUAAACUGGCAUAGCCACCAAAAUAGCAUCCCGCAUAGUGGGCGGGAGGCGCUGCUGCUGGAGAUGGUUCGCGCCUACUGCGGAACACCGGAGGAGAUCACGCAGAUUUGGUGGCAUCGCCUGCACACCUCAGACGCGUUUGAACGCAUCCCGGCGCUUAGCCACAACAACAGCCACGUGCGAAAGCGCCGGUUGCAGUACCUACUGCGGUUUCUCACCGAUCGCGGCAUCAUCCGUGACGCCUUCAACGUCCUCUCCGGGAACUCCGGGGCGGGGCGCUCCUGGGAGUUUGAGCGGCUGGAGUGGCUAGGCGACAACGUGGUGAAGUAUGUCUUCAACAACCGAUUUAACUGCAUCUUCCCGGUGAGUGAGGGGGGCAUUCGGGGCAAGUUGGGUUACUCACAGUUUAUUCUUGACGGUAAUGACGGGCUGGCGCGUGCGUACGACUACUUGGAGCUUCAGCAAUUAACCCAAAGUGAUCGAGUUGUGAGCAAGUUCAAGAGUGACGUCGUGGAAACGCUCUUUGGGGAGUUGGAGGUUUACCUGUGGUCGACGGAGCUCGACCUUGGUACCACGCGUCACUCGAUGCCCUUUGGCAAAGACAUGUACGCGGUUCGCUCAUUGGUACGCCAUACCAUGGAGGAAUUGGCGCACGUGAUGGUGAUGUACCAUGUCGAAUAUCUGUUAAGUGUCCUUCGACGUAUUAUGCGUGAAAACCAAUUGCAGCUCGUGCGAGCUGAUCCCAGUCUGCGUGGCCAAAAUGAAGCCGUACAGGAACUCUCGGGGUCUUUGUAUCAUUCCAAGAAAGCAGCUACCGUGCCUUACUCCCGGUUUACCGCUCAAAAAAUCUACCACAAUCAUCAACUCACUGCCUCUUUAUACAAUGAAUCCACAAACUAUGAUAAGUUCAGGCGAGUUCCCCCAUUAGGGGGUCUGGAACCCUCUCCGUUCCCAAGAUCAACUGCAUCCCCAAACUAUUUGCCUCAUUUGCAAAUUGCGACCAAAUUGUCCGAGCGCCUUAAUCCAUUAUGGCAUCAAGGGCCUUACUUUUGCCUUGCUGCAAAAGACGCGACUAGUGGUGAUGGAACUGUUAAUAGGUCGAAGUCAGAUACAACGCAACAAGUCACCACCAGGGAGACCUCCUAUCGAUUACAGGAGGCUCCCAUUCAGUGGGGUGGCAAACCUGUCACCCUCAAUCUAUCCACUCUUAUUGAUGAGAACCUUAUCACCGAACUUAUUUAA